AUGAGCUCACUAAGAUCCGGCCUGGCAUGUGCAGCACGUACAGAUUUUAUACUAAUCGCUGAUGGAUACGAUGGUAUAAAUCGAUUAAGCAGCGCAGAAAUCCUACGAAUUGAAAGCGCUCAUACUGUAAACGUUGAGUGA